GCAUAUAAACAAAAGUAGGAGGAGUAACCUGAAAAGAAGGCGGGAGCUUUCCCGAAACAUCACAUAUGGUUACGACGCCGUUUACAGUUGCCUCCAGUCCUAAUGCUUCUACUAUAAAUUUUCCUUUCACUACAGAAAAGUCUAGAUUCGAAUCAAAACCCAGCAAUAAGCAAAAUCAUUCUUCUCCAAAUCGCUCCAUAUAUCUGAAUUAACAAUGGCAACUGAACAACCAAAGCCAGCUGCUGAAGAUGUGAAGAUGGAUCUAUUCGAGGACGACGACGAAUUUGAAGAGUUUGCAAUUGAUCAAGAGUGGGAGGAUAAAGAGGAAGGCAAAGAAGUAACACAGCAAUGGGAAGAUGAUUGGGAUGAUGAUGAUGUCAACGAUGACUUCUCUCUGCAGCUCAGGAAGGAACUGGAAAGCAACAGUGAGAAGAAAUGAGCUACAUUUGCCCAUGAGGUUUUAUCCCUCUCAACAUUGAACCAUGUUAUUCCUGUUCUGAGUGAGAGAUGUUGCCAUAUGUUUGUACUCUUUUAUUUUGCUGAAUACGUGAAACUUAGCUUUCACCUUUUGUUGACAGUAUGAGACCUGUGGCAUACAAACUCAAAUUCAGUUCCAUGUGAUCUUAGUUUGAGCAGAAAAAAUUGAGUAGUAUUCUGUCUA